GGGCGAGGACGAGGUAGGCGCCGGGAGCAUGAACCACAAGAGCAAGAAGCGCAUCCGCGAGGCUAAGCGGAGCGCCCGCCCGGAGCUGAAGGACUCUCUCGACUGGACCCGGCACAACUACUGCGAGAGCUUCCCGCUUAGCCCCACAGUCUGCAAGGACAAUGUAGAAAGAGCAGAUGCUCUUCACUUGUCAGUGGAAGAAUUCAUUGAACGUUAUGAAAAGCCUUACAAGCCCGUUGUCCUGUUGAAUGCUCAGGUGGGAUGGCCAGCUCAAGAGAAAUGGACUCUGGAGCGCCUGAAGCGCAAGUACAGGAACCAGAAAUUCAAGUGUGGGGAGGACAAUGAUGGUUACUCCGUGAAGAUGAAGAUGAAAUACUACAUUGAGUACAUGGAGACUACCCGGGAUGACAGUCCCCUUUAUAUAUUUGAUAGCAGCUAUGGGGAGCAUCCUAAGCGCAGGAAACUCUUGGAGGACUACCGGGUGCCCAAGUUCUUCACAGAUGACCUGUUCAAGUAUGCAGGAGAGAAGAGAAGGCCACCAUACAGAUGGUUUGUGAUGGGACCACCUCGAUCAGGAACAGGCAUUCACAUUGACCCUCUGGGAACCAGUGCCUGGAAUUCCUUAGUUCAAGGGCACAAGCGUUGGUGCCUCUUUCCUACUAGCACUCCAAGAGAACUGAUUAAAGUGACUCGUGAAGAAGGAGGGAACCAGCAAGAUGAAGCCAUCACUUGGUUCAGAGUAAUAUAUCCCAGAACCCAGCUUCCCACUUGGCCUCCCGAAUUCAAACCUUUGGAAAUUGUGCAGAAACCAGGAGAAACCGUCUUCGUACCAGGUGGCUGGUGGCAUGUAGUUCUCAAUCUUGACACAACCAUUGCUGUCACACAGAACUUUGCCAGCUGUACAAACUUCCCCGUGGUGUGGCACAAGACAGUGAGGGGAAGGCCAAAAUUAUCAAGGAAAUGGUACAGGGUCCUAAAACAGGAGCAUCCUGAGCUGGCUUCUUUGGCAGAUUCUGUUGACUUACAGGAAUCCACGGGCAUUGCUUCCGAUAGUUCCAGUGACUCCUCUAGUUCUUCCAGCUCCAGUUCCUCAGACUCUGAUUCUGAGGGUGACUCCAGCUCAGAGACAGAAGGAAUGAUGCAUCGAAGAAAAAAGCGGAGGACUUGCAGCAUGAUGGGUAACGGUGACACAACCUCCCACGAUGACUGUGUCAGCAAAGAACGAAGCUCCUCCAGGAUUAGGGAGUCUUGUGGAAGCCGUGCUCAUCCCUGAAACAUAACAAGACUCCAUCUAAGGCAAUCAAAGCCUGCCAGCUGUCUUCUAUUCCUCCCAUCUGCUGUUUGCUUGGAGUUUUCUUGAAUCUUCAGCACUCCUUUUUUUCCUACUCCAAACUUCUACCUAUUAUCUAAGUCUGGCUCCUUGCUAAUUAAAGGAGAGAACUACAGCGAUCCCCUGUGUGCUCAGUCUUCUUUCUGCACCCCAUCAAACAAAUAUGCUAAACAUGAGAAGGUAAUGCUGCCCUCUGCAAGGCUAUGCUGUUGCUCACACCCGUGUGCAGUCGGAAAAUGGAGAGAGUUUAUUAGCCAAAGUCAUCUUUAAAAUGACCAAGUAGAUCCUGAAAGCCUGUGUCCUGCUCCAGCCUUGUCAUCCGUUUACAUUUUUUGAGUUUCAUGCACUACAGCCAAAGUACAGACCUACAGCCUUUCCCAUAUGUAACAGGUCAUCAGGUACUUUAGUAGAGCACAAGAGGAAGUGGAAGAGACUAGCUUGAAGUGACUCUUCUACUUUGUAAAUAAUCAUCUGUGAGAAGCACCUUUUUUGAGGCUUUUAACUAGUGGACAUCACCAAACCAACUACGAACUAUUGUAGACAACGCCAAACCAACCAUGAACGAAUGAGAUAUCUCCUGAACCAGCAGUCUCAUCAUGAUUACAUGUGCUUUCUGUGUUAUUGUAAAGUAAAGCUGCUGGUAUUUUGCAUUCAAUUUGGGAGCUUGCCCCAGAAAAACGUUGGAAUGGGAGAAGCUAUAGCUGCUCAUAUACCUCUCCCUGUGGGAGUUUCUGGAAAAUUAUAUGAAGGUGGAAAGCUUUUUUAUUAAGGAGUGGAUAAAGUCAGUAAAUAUAGAUCCCAUUUUAUGAAGUACAACUGCUCUGGAGCCUGGAAAUGUCCUACUGUCUGCUGCUAUUAAUGUGGGAAUUACUAGAGGUGUUUGCAUUUUUUAAUCUUGGAAUGAGAAGCGGUUGUAUAUAUCUCAAGGCAGUUGUGUUCUAGGAUGUGCUGGUGUUUCAAGGACAUUCUUUGUCACUGGAGUUUGGUAUUGUGUUCUGAGAUGGGCCUUGCACCUCCGUAUUCACCUGUAAUUCUGCCCUUACUCUGAAGGUCUGCCAACAGCAUGUUUAAAAGGUCCUGAUAGUGUUUGAGAACAUGUAGAGUAAUUAUCUAAACUUGAUUACAUUUUGAGAUAUGAUGCAGAAGGCAUGCUAUUCAGUUCUCUUCUAACUCUACUCACAUUAUCCAGAACCAAAGGUAAAUCCAGAUCUCGCCAUCUUAAAUGGGUCUUAUCUCCCUCACUGUCACUUAUCAGCCAGUUUGGAACCAGUCACAAGCUGACUUUUGGCAAGAUGAGAAAUAUAUUUAGAUCAUGGCACAUAAAAUUCUUCCUUGUUUCCAGAUUGUGACAAAAUGGGUUGUUUGUUUUUUGUUAGCAUAGGGAUCCAGGUACCACUUGCCAGCCUUAACUCCAUACAAAUGUAAAACUGAAUUACUUUGGUAAACGAUAAUAUUGUGUUAGAAGGCUACCUGCUUCCAUGGUGCCCAUACAUAUGUAUUCCAAAACUCAAUAUGUUUUGAACCAUUCCUGUAAAAUGGAAAUAAUCAUUACAAAUCAGGUAACAUUUCCAUUAAUCUAACUUGCAUGUGUUUAGAUUGUUCAAUUGGAUUUCUUUACAGAAAAUGAAUUUGUAUUCCAGUUUUUUGUGUGGGACUCAAAACUGUGGAUGCAGAGGUCAGCAAUGGUAGGGCCAUAGGGAAGGAAGCAGGAGAGGAUUUGAAGUGCUGCAGUCCCCUGAUUAAAAUACAAAGCUGCUUUAUGCCAAGUCACACCAUUGGUCCAUUUAGCCCAUUAUUGGCUUUUCCAACCGCAAAGUUACCUGAGAUCUCAGGCAGAGGACCUUUCCCAGUCCUGCUUGCUGAUAACUUUUUAGCUGAUGCUGGGAGGGACUUCAAGAAAAACAUCUGCUUUACUCUGGACCAUAAGCCCUGUCCAACUACUGGACAUUCUCUAAUCAUUUAGCAAUCCUAAUCAUUUAGUAAAAACUGCUCAUAUACUGUUAAAUAUUUCUAGCAGCCACAAGGUUUAGAAAUUUGAGCUUACUCGGUUUGGUUUUUGUGUUUUAUACAAAGGCUCGGAUCCCAAGAUUCUGUAUUGGAUGCCAUGUUGGGGCCUUUUUGCACUAGGUAUGUGAGGAAAUACCUUUUUUACCAGGAAUUCUAAUGUGUGUAUCUGUGAUAGUAGGC